AUGCGUACAGAGGAUAUCAAGGCGGACACCAUUGAUGUAGCCGUCAAAAGGAUUCUCGUUGAACUUGGGGCAGAAACUGCAAGCAGCAGAGAGAAUGCCAUCUACUUUGAUGGCUGGGAUGGUCUUGGGGCAUCUGCUGUCUUGCAAGCUGUAGCCGAACGCCUUGCCAUAUCAAAUGAACCGUCGACGAGGCCCACAGGGCUGGAGUUUGAGAAAAUCAUCCACAUCGACUGUUCAAAGUGGGAGAGUAGAAGAGCAAUGCAGAGGGAAAUUGCAAAGCAGCUGAAGCUUCCUAGUUGGGUGAUGGAGAUGUUUGACAAACAGGACGAGGACGAUGAUUUUGAUGGGUUAGACAAGGGCUCCCGCAAUGAGAUAGCACAAGUUGUCAGAGAGAUCUAUCAUGCCACACAGAAUCGCAGAUUCUUGGUGAUUCUGCACAAUGGAAGCAAUGAAGAGAUUGAUAUAUUUAAAUUUGGUCUAUAUAUAUAUGGAUAUGCCAAUAGCAAGAUGUUGUGGACUUUCCAAGGGAGCUUUCGUCUUGACCCCAAGUUGGUAGACAGUGUGAAGAAGAGCACGUCAACUGAUGUUGUUCUUUCAGCUUCAAGAGAUCGGCAAGAUCCGCAGGAGCUUUGGUCUUAUCUAGUGCACCAUGAGGCUGCACAAGUUUCCUGCGGCUGCAAAAAGAAUGGCCACGGUAUUAUUGAUCCAGCAAUUGUUGUUGAGUGUGCCUUGUAUGUGCUGAAACAAUGCUGCAUCGGCUCUCCUAUUGUUGACUACGACUGGCCUGCCCACACCAGUAACUAUUGGGUAUGCGACGGGAUCAUUGCGCUGACAGACAUUGACAAAGCAUGGCAAGUUGGUGAUGUUCUGCAGCAUGAGGUGCGUCUGUUGGACAUUGACAACCGGCAUAAUACUGGCGAGUCAACAAUAAUGCCUUCCUCUCACUUGUCAAGGUCUACCGAGCAUAUGCAGUACUGGAUUUCCACAUCAACGUGUGGAUUUGAGCUGAGCUCCUCUGGAGUUAUGCCUGACGACAUGUUUCAGCACUCACACCUUCUCGGGGUGCUCAAGCUCUCGAGGUGUACCUUUAGCUUCUCAUCGCCUCCAUUCCUCUGUUGCCAUAGCCUAAGAUUCCUGUCACUUCUGCACUGCCAAGACCUCCAAACAAGAACAAGCAAUGCACAUCAUUACCACCCAGAUUCAGACAAGGAGAAGGGGUUGGAAAGCAGCGCCAUGAUGUUGUGGGAAUGCUUCCAAAGCUUGUGGGUGCUUGACCUGCGCUACACGGAUUGGGAUCAAAUCUUGUCCGCACGGGUGAUGGAUCUCAUGACCCAGCUCAGGGAGCUAAAUGUGAUGGGAGCCAAUAAUUGGGACAUGAGCCAUUUACGGGGACGGUUGCGCAACAUUCGCAAGCUCCGUGUAACAAAGUCCACGUGCCACUUUAACAAUGAUGUGUUGUCAGAGAUGGAAUUAAUGGAGCUUCUUGAUUUCUCUGGAAAUACCAUCACACGGGGCAUGAAAAGUUUAUAUGGGGCUGAAAGCAACCGUAGCCUUGAGACAGUCAUUAUUGAUGGAAGUAAUGUCUUACAAAUUAUCUCUUUUAGGGGCUGCAAAGAAUUGAAGAACCUGUUCUUGAAAGGAUAUUUCUCGAGCUUUAAGGAGCUGGACAUCUCGGGCACAAGUGUGAAAACCCUCGACCUUGGAGGAGUGGAUGCCACCUCACUCCCCAAGCGGAUCAUCUUGAUAGGCUGCGAGAAGCUCCGUGCAAUAUUGUGGCCACAACACGAAGAAAGCCAAAAAUGGUCUGGUGUGCUCCGUAUUGACAACACCUCUACAUCAGCACUAGGUGAUGGAAGGGAAGCGCCAAAGGCACAUCCACAUGCCGAUCAAUCCCUUGAGCAGCAGAAAGAAGAGAAGUUUAAGGGGUGGCAGAUUUCGCUUACAGAUGCAAGGCUCCUUAGGUCACUUUAUCCCGCCAGAUAUAAAUGCUUAACAGGCUGUCAUAUUGAUAUCUGCCAUGAAGCCACUCUUGUUGGUAGCAAGGUCCUAGAAGCAAGCAGUGACCAACCGUAUUCACGUACUACGGUGCACUCAAUGUACAGAAAUAUCCUGAAGGCUGGCCCAGCUGCAGCAGUGACGGUAUGGGACUGCCCUAAGAUACCCCUACCACCAGUAAUGUACGGGCUGAGGUUUCUCCAAGUAUCAUGUAUCAUAAAAGUGAUCAUGCACGGGCAGGGGAACACACUUUUGGAGGAUGCGAAUACCAGUGCCUUAUUAUUGCCUGAUUUUAUAUGCGACGGGGCUUCAUCGUUGCAUGUGUAUGAUAACCCUUCCAUCACCAGUGUCCUUGCACCUCCCCAAAGAUCGGGAUGGAGUAGGCUCAUAUGGUGCCGGGUUGAGUGGUGCCCCAAGUUACAUGCGGUCUUCACUAUUCCCAUGGUGCGCCAAGGUAUGUUCUCUAAUAAUGCUUCCACGGGCUUCCAGAGUCUGAAGACAUUCUGGGCAUCCCAACUCCUGACAGCACGCUAUAUCUGGGACUGGGACUGGACGACUGCAGCAACGUAUGUUAAACACUCCGAUUACUUUAAAAGUAUGGUAUUCUUGCACCUGGACCACUGCCCGAGGCUCAUACAUGUGCUCGUCUUGGCCACACGUUCGGUCACCUUGGGUGCACUGGAGACCCUUGAGAUAGUGCACUGUGGUGAUCUCAGGGAGGUGUUCCCAUUGGGCCCUGAGCUUCAAGAGCAGGAUAAUAUUAUAGAAUUUCCCAAGCUGAGGCGCAUCCACCUGUGUGAGCUCCCCAAGCUGCAGAGCAUUUGUGGGCGUCGGAUGUAUUCCCCUAACCUCGAGACCAUCAAGAUCACGGGAUGCUGGAGCCUUAGACGUCUGCCGACUGUUGGAGACAACACCAAGCCCCCCAAGGUGGACUGCGAGAAGGAAUGGUGGGACAACCUGGAGUGGGGUGGCACGGAGAACCACCACCCUUCCCGCUACGAUUCAAGCCAUUCGUUGUACUACAAGGGUCAGCUGCCCAGACGCAGCGUACUCAGGUAA